AUGACUAUUCCUCGCAUGGCCGCAUCUUGUCCUUACCUGCUCGACAGUAUCCAUGCAUUUUCAGCCUUACACUUGGCAUCGCUUGAAAUUGAUAAUCGGGCUUCAUGGCUAAAUCAUGCCGUGCGGUAUCAGAGCCAGGCAUGCGCUGGACUGAGUAAGGUUCUUCCAGAGAUCUCACCACCAGAUUAUGAACCAGCAUUUGUCUCUUCCAUCAUUAUUAUGCUUUUCGCCAUUGGAUCUCGAGUAUUAUCUCUUGAAAACCGACCACUGGACCCCCUUUCGGUAAUUCUCGAAGCUCGCACAUUGAUGUCUGGCCCCGCCAUGCUUUUUUCCCGGAUACGUGAAGGCGGGGCCGACGCACAACUGGAUGGCUGGCUGUGCAUGUCUGAAACAAUAGAAAGGCUUGGAACUGGGGAAAAUAAUCAGUACGGAAUUCCUUCUCCCUACCUCAUUCGGGAAAGCUGGAUGAUAACACCAAGCAAUAGUGGCAGCCCGGUCGAAAACACACACGUUUUAUUCAGCCUCCAGAAGGACAUACUGAUGUCGCUGGCUCAAAUUCAUUUGGUCAUUGACAAGAGUAAAGGAUCGGAUCAACCAAUCUACCAAGCCACAUGGCAGCAGCUGCAUCAGGCCGUUGAACCGUGGCCCAAAAUUGGGCCACAUGGAGGACCCCUUGCAUGGCCAUUAUUCCUCUGUGACAAGUUUUCCUCACUUUUACAACAUGGCGACUGGAUCGCCCGAGUUCUGCUCCUACAUUAUGGCAUAGCUAUGCGUCUCCUGUGUCAUCGAUGGUACGUGCGCGACUGGGGUUGUCGGCUCGUAUUGGCCACACUAGAACCAUUGGAGGAGAUUCCUCAGGAGUGGGAGGAGACUAUCUCUUGGAUAAGACGAGCCGCUGCAAGGGAUGACUUGCAAAAAUGA